AUGUCCCUCCAGGUGCCGAGAGACGACAGAGACGACGUUUCUGUAACGUCCAUCACCUCGGUUCACUCGGACGUUCCACUUCAAAGUCGCCUGUUCCAGCUUUCCGUGGGCGACCUUUCCCUGCUUCACGAUCCAAAGUCUUUGGCUCAAUUACGCACCCUAGGCGGUGUAGACGGUCUUGGUGCUUUGCUUCAUACUGAUCUUGCUCGUGGACUUGAUACUCAGGAUCACUCAGAUAGAAUCGAGAUUUAUGGUACUAAUGUGCUACCGACCCGUGUUGCCAAGGGCUUUUUCCAGCUCUGUUUAGAGGCCAUGAAGGAUAAGGUGCUUAUUCUUUUGACCGUGGCUGCCAUAGUUUCCCUCGCCUUGGGUCUUUAUGAGACUUUUGGCCAGGAUACUAUGUAUGACGAUGAAGGUAUGCCUAUGCCCAAGGUUGACUGGGUCGAAGGUGUGGCUAUUAUUGUCGCUGUGAUCAUCGUUGUGGUGGUUGGCGCUGCAAACGACUACUCCAAGGAGCGCCAGUUUGCUCGUCUUAACGCUAAGAAAGAAGACCGUGAUGUCGUGGUUAUCCGCGACGGCACCCAACGUAUGAUCUCCAUCUAUGACCUUCUUGUUGGUGACAUUAUCAGCUUGGCUACUGGUGAUGUGGUGCCUGCUGACAGUGUGCUCGUCAAUGGUGAAGUCGAAUGCGACGAGUCUGCGCUCACUGGUGAGUCUGAAACUGUGGUUAAGAAGUCUGCCAACGAGGCCUUGGCCUUUUAUGAACAGUCCUUGGCUGAGUUCCCUAACGAAGAUAUCGGAUCCACCGCUCUUAAGCUUAAAGAUCCUUUCUUGAUCUCCGGCAGUAAGAUCCUCUCUGGUGUGGGCUACUCUGUGGUCACCGCCGUCGGCAAGCACUCUAUCCAUGGCAGGACCAUGGGCUCGCUUUCUCAGGAUAACGGCGCCACGCCUUUGCAAGAAAGAUUGGACAACUUGGCUACUGGUAUCUCCAAAUAUGGUGUUUUGGCUGCAAUCGUCCUUUUCAUUGUCUUGUUCAUCCGUUUCUGUAUCAACAUUACAGGUAGCGGUCGUUUCAGCGACCUUCCAGGUACUGAGAAGGGUAAGAAGUUUUUGGAUAUUCUUAUUGUCGCCAUUACUAUUAUUGUUGUGGCUGUUCCUGAAGGUCUUCCCUUGGCUGUUACUCUUGCUUUGGCUUUUGCUACCACUAGAAUGGCUCAAAACGGUAACUUGGUUCGUGUCUUGCGUUCCUGUGAAACUAUGGGUGGUGCCACUACUGUCUGCUCUGAUAAGACGGGUACCUUGACGGAAAAUAGAAUGCGUAUUGUUACCGGUUACAUUGAUGAGGAACACAACUUUGAUGAUACUCACAAUGCUGAAAUCCACGCCUCCAAGAAGUCUAGCGAGGUCUUUGCUAAAGUUCCUCAGGAAAUUAAGGAUGUCAUUCUUCCUAAUAUUAUCAGCAACUCCACUGCCUUUGACAAUCCUGAUUACGAUGAAGAGAAAGCUAUUAAUGCUCGUACCAAGCCAAAGAAGAAGUCUUUGUUAGCUCACAUAUUCUCGAACCAAAACGAGAAGAGACAGAAAGAACAUCAACAGUUGGGUAUAAUCUCUGAGCCUUACUUGGGUAACAAGACUGAGUCUGCGUUAUUGAUCAUGGCUAAGGACAAGAUAAAUCAGUUUACUACCAGCAGCCUUGACCAGCAGCGUGAUGUCAAUUCAAGAGAUAUCGUCGACAUAAUUCCGUUUGAGAGUUCUAGAAAAUGGUCUGGUAUUGUUAUGAAGACUGAGAACGGUUUCCGCCUCUAUGCUAAAGGUGCUGCUGAGAUCGUGUUCAAGAACUGUUCCCAUCAUUUAGAUGCCGAUGGUACAUCUGUUCCUAUGUCAAGAGCUGAUAGAGAUAACGUCCUCAAUACUAUUGACGGAUAUGCUAACGAUGCUUUGCGUGCAAUCAUUCUUGCUCAUCAAGACUUCGUUGGCUUAGAAAGCUGGCCUCCUAAGAGUAUGGAGGAUCCUACGAGAGCUGGACAAGCCAUUCCAGAAAUGCUUUUGGAUAUAGAUGCUUCCCCACAUGAUUGCACUGACUCCCUCACUAUGGACAUCUUGGUUGGUAUUCAAGAUCCUCUCAAGGAGGGUGUCGCUGAGGCUGUCAAGCAGUGUAAGAUGGCCGGUGUUAACGUGAAGAUGGUCACUGGUGAUAACUUGAACACCGCUAAAGCCAUCUCGAGAGCUUGUAAUAUUCUCACGCCUGCUGAUUCAUCGAAUCCUUACGCAUACAUGGAAGGCCCAGCAUUCAGAGCCAUGUCUAUCGAAGAAAGAACCAGAAUUGCUCCUCAUUUACGUGUUUUGGCAAGAUCCCAGCCUGAGGAUAAGAGAAUCCUUGUUGACACCUUGCGUAAAGCCGGCGAAGUUGUGGCUGUUACUGGUGAUGGUACCAACGAUGCUCCUGCUUUGAAGUUGGCUGAUAUCGGGUUUUCUAUGGGUAUCAAUGGUACUGAAGUGGCAAGAGAAGCUUCAGAUAUUAUCUUGAUGACAGAUGAUUUCACCGAUAUCGUUCAAGCUAUUAAAUGGGGCCGUACUGUCGCAGAGUCCAUCAAGAAGUUUAUUCAGUUUCAAUUGACGGUGAACAUCACUGCUUGUGUCUUGACUUUUGUGUCUGCUGUCGCUUCUGCUAACGGUGAUUCUGUGUUGACAGCCGUCCAAUUGUUGUGGGUCAACUUGAUCAUGGAUACCUUGGCUGCUUUAGCUUUGGCUACCGACAAGCCUGACGAUGCUUUGUUGAACAGAAAGCCAGCUGGUAGAAGAAUGCCAUUGAUCAGUGUCUCCAUGUGGAAGAUGAUCAUUGGUCAGUCCAUUAACCAAUUGGUUAUCACGUUUAUUUUGCAUUUUGCUGGCCAUCAACUUUUCUUCGGCAAUAGGGAGCUCACUAACCAUGAAGAUAAGCAGUUGGAUGCUAUGACUUUCAACACAUUCGUCUGGUUGCAGUUUUGGAAAUUGUUCGUUACCAGAAAAUUGGACGAGUGUGACUCGGUUAGAAACAUCAAAGACCGUAUCACGCUUGAGAAUUUGAACUUCUUCCAUCACUUAUUCAGGAAUUGGUACUUUAUCGUCAUUACGCUUUUGAUCGGUGGUUGCCAGGUGCUUAUUAUGUUCGUCGGUGGUGCCGCUUUUAGCAUUGCUAGACAAACCCCAGGAAUGUGGGCAACUGCUAUUUUAUGUGGUCUUCUUUCUAUUCCUGUCGGUGCUGUGAUUCGUAUCAUUCCAAACUACUGGGUUGUCAAGAUGUUCCCAACUAGAGCUGCAAAAUGCUUCUUUUACUAUGCUGGUUUUGAGUUCUUGAGCAAAGAAAACAGAAGAAAGCGUGCUGAAAGAGACUUGGAAAAGAAUGAGAUCGAUCCUAAUGAUGAUAUCGAACUUUCUGGUGAAGAAAUCAAGCACGAACCAAUUAAUGAAGAUCCACAAGAAGGAGUCUCUGGAGCCCCUGCUACCACGACACUUGACCCAAAAAGCCCUAAUGGAGCGUCCGAGUCGACGGUCCCUAAGUAA